AGCCCCGGGGAGCCCGCUCCGCAUGCCACAACCUACCCGUAAGCGGCCGGGGAUGGUGCUUCAUCGGGCCAUCCGGGCUGCGCGAGCGGGGGACCUCGCGGCCCUCAGGGAGCUGGCAUCUUCCGGUCGCUUCUCACCUGUGAUCGCUGACGCUCAAGGUGCAGGCCCGGUGCACCACGCGGCGAGGUGCGGACGCCUGGAGUGCCUGCGGUUCCUGGUGAGCGAGCUGGGGCUGGCGGCCGACGCCCGGGCCUCGAACAGGGCCACGCCAGCGCACGACGCAGCAGCCACGGGCCACAUCCGGGAGCUGCAAUGGCUGGUGGACUUUGGAGGCUGCAACGUUGAGGACAGGGAUGCUGCCGGUGCCGCUGCCCUCCACCUCGCGGCCCGGUUCGGUUGUGCGGAGGUCAUCAAGUGGCUGCUCUCUGUUGGAGGAUUGGCGGAGGUGGAGACGAACUGUGGGGCUGUGCCGGCUCACUACGCCGCAGCCAACGGGGACCUCACCUGCUUAAAGCUACUCGUUCAACAGGCACCCGGCUGUGUGGACCGCCAGACGCUCACCGGCGCCACCCCGCUCUAUCUGGCCUGCCAGGAGGGGCACCUGGACGUCGCGGAGCACCUCGUGAAUGACUGCGGAGCCGACGUCCACCUGAGGGCCCACGAUGGCAUGACCUGCCUGCAUGCGGCUGCUCACAUUGGCCACCAAGCUGUUGUGGUGUGGCUGGUGACGUGCACUGACGUCAGCCUGUCCUGCCAGGACAGAGAUGGAGCCACUGCUCUGCACUUUGCUGCCAGCAGAGGGCACUAUUGCAUCUUGGAGAGGCUGCUUCACUUGGGUUCAAAGGUCAUCAAGGAUCACUGGGGGGGGACCCCACUUCAUGAUGCUGCAGAGAAUGGAGAGCUGGAGUGCUGUAAAAUCCUGUUGGCCAACCAAGCGAACCCUUCAGAUCAUGACAUUGAUGGGUUCACGGCAGCAGACCUGGCGGAGUACAACGGACACCAUGAAUGUGCCAGAUACCUCUGUGCCAUUGAGAGAAAUACAGCCUGCCCAGAUAAGCCCAUCGAGGUGACCUUUCCGGUGCAGAAGGAGGAGGAGGUGAAGGUGAAGCCGGCUGUGUUGUCGCAGUGCAGCAGGGAGGACUACUACGGCUGCCUGAGUGACACAUGCAGGGACAGUUACAGCAGUGACACACCCAUGGAUAGUUUAAAGCAGCCUGAGAGCGAGGAGGCCCCGCAGGCGAGAUACCCUCAGCCCCCUCCUGCACCUCCUUUACCCUCCGCUUUGUCCACACCGGAGAAAACCGCUGUCAGCAGAAUAGGGCAGGUUCAAUUCACGACAUCAUUUCUUAAAGGUUUCAAUCAGCCCAAGGCCGCUGGGAGUGAGAUAAUCGCCGCUCCCAAUAAGACGAUGCUGCCUGGUGCAAACCUCCUAGCUGGAAGAAAACUCAUCGGCGACAUGAACUCCAUUAAAUCCUUGAAACAAUCAGGGAUGUCAGGAGUCUUCACCGGACAAGCGAACAAGAUGGUGGUCCUGCCCACUGAGGAGGCCAACCUGUCGGACAUCGACUACCUGGUGCCCACCCAUGACGAGCGAGGCCGUCCCAUCGCCGAGUGGAAGAGGCAAGUCAUGGUGAGACAGCUGCAGGCCCGGCUGCUGGAUGAGGAGGACCAGAGGAGGAAGGAAAAUGGGAACAGAUAUGCCAAAGUCAGCUGGAGGUUCUCCCAAGCCCACAACGCCAUCCUGGGGCCCUCUGGUGAGCUGCUGACGGAGGAUGACCUCAUCUAUGUGGAGCAGCAGAUCGCCAACGUCUCCAUGCAAAGGAACUGUGAAGGCUACGAGCUGGAGCUCGCCCGUCUGGCCGAGGAGCUCAGGCACAUCCUGCCAGCCCCCAUAGUGAACAUCACCGCCAACACGCAGUUCAGAAACCUCUCGAGUCAAGUUCCCCUUCCUGUGUGGUGCGGACGCAUCUCGGGCAUCGUGAAGAGCAUGUCUCUGCUCAUGACCAACCUGACGGACCAGCCCCACUGCAAGAUGCCCAACACCGACCUGAUCACCGUGUUCUCUCAGACGCCGGACCGGCAGAACUCCACCAGGGGACGCAGGGAGAGGAUAGAGGAUGAGAUCCACCACUUUGGGGUGUCCGUGCGGACGCUGAAGUCCAAUUUUGAGACGCAGAACUCACCUUUGUCAGAUGAGCCGCAGGAGGUGGGUAGUGCUCUCGCGCAGCUCGAGGCCACGGAGUCAGACGAAGAGCCCAAAGUGUUGACUCUGGCCCCGGAAACUGACCAGAACAACGACUCCGGCAUUGACUACGAUGAAAACGUCGCGGACGUUCGAGAGACCACCAGCCUCAGGAAGGAGCGUAUAGUCGUGCUGUUCUUGGGCCACUGGAAGAAAUCGGCCUACACCGUGUCGCUGAAGAGCAAGGAUGCAGCAGAGAGGAAGAUGAGCAGCGGAAGCCCGGGGACGGGCGACAAGUGCGGGUUGGGUCGCAGGAGUAGCGCAGAGAGCGCCCAGUCGAAGAUGAUGAACAGCUCUCUGGGACACUUCUUCAAGCAGAGGAGUGCUGUCAACAAGAUGCUGGGAAACUGGAGGAGCAUGAUCUCCAGCGUCCCGUCCAGACAGAUACGCAGGCUCCACAGGCAGAAAGCCCUCUACUCCCCAGAGCAGUUCCUACCUCGACUGGACGGCGUGCCGGUGGAGUAUGACAACCUGACCCUGGAUCUCUUCAUGCUGGGCUACUUCCACAUCCUGGAGUUGGAGCUUCCCGUGGACGAACGCAAGAUAAGACACCUGCUGUGUUUCGAGGUGUUCGACCACGUGGGGAGCUUCCCCUGGGAGCUGGUCAGGGACUUCCACAAGGCUGUCAUACAGGACAUCGAGGCCGGGAACCGCGAGUGGAAGGACGGCUUCGAGGACAUUAAAGUGAAGUUCUUUGGCAACACUGUGAGUCAGACUGAGAGCGCUGUCGAGGUGGUGAAACACACCCUCCCAGAGGUGAGACAGGUCCCUAAGGUCAUUGUGCAGACGCCUACGCCUGAUGAGGGGAUGCUCCACGGUGGAACUGACAUUUCCAGUUUCAGUAAUGAAGAAAUUUGCAAAUACAUCGACCGCAGUUUUGCUUUUUGGAAAGAGAAAGAGGCAGAGAUUUUUGAUUUUGAGUAGUUGCUUGAGUCAUCUUU